GGAAAAAUGGAAGACAAAGGUCCUAUUAGAGGUUGAGAGACUUAUGUUAUCGUGUUGAUAAUCUACUCGUGACUUGGGUUCUUUACUCUUUUGGUACAUCUCUGGUAUUCAAUCAAAUUCUUCAGAUUUUACAAAUUUAAGCACAAGUUGACAAGCAUUUUUCUGAUAUUUCUGAUUUUAUCUAUUAUCUGAGACAUCAUCUAUGGAGUAUCUGAAGUGUCACUCAGAUAUGCUGAUACAUGAAAUGGGAAUGGACAUUAUUGUACAAAUUAUUGGACUGGUUGGAUAAACUAUUUUAUGUACAUGAGCACGAUCAUAGUGCUCUCUUUUGCCUACAUUUCACAAAUCCUGAGGUUUAAAGACAGAGGAAGAGGCAGGCAAAGAAUUUAUAAUAUUAUUCUAUGGAUUAGUAUGUUUACUAUUUUGGUUAUAUGAACGGUUGUAUUCAUUUUUGAUGGUGUAAACGAAUGUAACAAACUAGAAUCUGAAAAACACGAAGCAGUAACAAAAGGAAUAAAAAUUGUAAGCUGAAUUUAUAUGUUAACAGGCAUCUUCUUUAUGAUCAUCUUGCUCUGGUUUUACAGAGCCCUCAAGAAAAUAGAAACAGAUGAAAAUGGUGUCAGAUUGCAUAAAUAAAUUAAAAUGAAGAUUGGCAAUUAGUAUCACAGUCAUAUUUGGUGUUUUUGCAACCAGAAGUGGCAUAACACUGACUAGGAGCUUUUAUGAUUUCUUGAAGGAUUGGAAAACAACGUCAAUGUCUGAUAAUAAAUUUUUGUAUGCCAUUUACAUCUUCUGAUACUAUUUCAUUCUGAGUCUGGUUCCAGCAAUAGUUCAGAUCUACUUGAUAAGACUGAGUCUGUCUUCGACUCCAAGGGUCACAAUCGGACUUGAAGAGCAUAACUUCGAGUCAGAACCUUUAUUUUCUGGCCACUUAGAAAUAUCCCGAAGUCGGACAAGCGAGUCACAUCAAAGAGAAAAUCUAAUAGAAUACGAUUAUAAUACGUCCUCAGCAUAAAUUAUUCCCAAUAUCGUCCAUACUCUUUAAAUAUAGAUAAACAUUUGAAAUAAGUAUU